AUGUGGUUUGUAACACCUGAGAUAACAAUUACAGACAAUGACAUCCGACCGGGAAACCUGAGCAAGGCAAAUGGAAGGUCUGCCAGUUGGGACAUUAUUGACUCCAGAAGCACAGAUGGCCCAGAGCACUCUCAGCAUGGGUUUGAAGGACCAACCAAAGAAAAGCCACAUGACAACGCCUCACUGCAGCAGAGCCUUGAACAGCUGGAUGAGCUUCUGGCAGAUCUUGUGACUGACUACAAACCUCCAAGUCGAAGAGCCAGUGAGGACAUUUUAGAUCAGCUGAAGAAGUUAAUCGAUGAGGAGGAGGCAGUGUCUCUGUCUAGAAAAAGUCCAAGAGUGUGUGUGGAUGAGCCCCCUCCUCUGGACAAACAGCCCACUUCUAUAAGGAUGACCCCAGACUUCCGGGACAUGGACGGAGCAAGUGAUGCCAUGAAGAGUGCAGAUGAGUGCUCCCCAGAUCAAAGUCCUGAUGAGGAUGACACCAUGAUGUGCUCCAACAACAAAUGUCGAAGAACUGAGACUUUAUUCAAUGCAUGCUUGUACUUUAAAUCCUGCCACAGCUGCUACACCUAUUAUUGCUCCAGAAACUGUCGCAGAGAGGACUGGGAUUUGCAUAAAGAGAGUUGUUUGUAUGGAAGAAUUGGCAGCACAUGUCGUCACAUCAUCAAACACUGCCGAGAGACUGUUGAUGUCCACAAAGCUUUUUCCCGUAUCGCUAAAGUUGGCUACCUUUCCCGAGGUAGAGGAGUGCUGUUCCUGGGCUUCCCAAACCCAGCCUCGUCUAGUAACUUUUUACAAUAUGGACUGGAUAGUUUACAUAUGUCCCCCACAUACCUUUCCCUUCGAGAACUUGAGAGUUUCAAAGACAACCUUGGGGAAUAUUGCAAGGAACUGCAAGAAGCAGGAAGAGAGUAUGACCCCAAUGAAUGUUUCAUUUUGAAUGUAUCUAUUGCUGUAGGAGACCAGCUGCCUGAUGGUCCAUCGCCAAGGAACCAAGCUCCAACUGUUCGAAAAUAUGCAAAGGUAGCCCUGGCCUCUUUCAGCCCUGAGAGGAAGGUUCAUAAGAAAGAAGGUGACAUGGAGACACUCAUCCUCACACCUCCACCUGGAACAGCUGAUAUUGACAAAGAGGGAGAGGAGGGCAGGAAGGCCCGAGAAAUCUGCUUCAUAAAUAUACAGAGGGAGCUACGCUUACGCGGGGUGUUCCUCCGUCAUGAGUAUCCACAGAUAUACCAGCACCUCUGUGAGUUUGUGGAGAGUAACAUCAGGUUCACACCCACCACUAUAUAUCCCAUAGACAAGAGGACCGGCAAGCAGUUCAUGUGCAUGAUCAUGGCAGCGUCAGAGCCCAGGACGUUAGACUGGGUGGGGACACCACAUCUCCUUGAUGAUAUAAUUUAA